UCUCUUCAUGCUUUUUCCCGUCCUGCCAAAUAAGCACUAAGCUUAAAAAUAUUGAUAUUCUGUCGAGAGUAUUGGGCUCAGCUACGAUUUGUAUCGUGUUAAAAGAAGUAUAAGUUGUGUUUUACAUUAUUCUGUAAUCAAUGUAAUGUAAUCCUUAAUUGCAUUUUUGGUAUUUAAUACAUGUGUGCUGCUGCCGGUAAACACUACAAAUUCAUUCCACAAAGCAAAGGCAAGUGGUUUCAAGUUCACUCAUAGCAGUGAAACAGUGCUCUCUUCAUUCCAUUCGGUUUAUCUUAUCAAUUGUUAAUAUUCGUAACAAUCGUAGUCAUUUUUUUUUGAAAUACAACACUGUGACACAAGCUUACCAGUUGCUUGCGGCUACGGUUGUGGAAUAGAAGUGAAACCGUCUCGUUCUCUGCGCUUAUCAUGGAUACAACAGUCAGUGACGUACCGGUACUGGAAUCUUGCAUUCCAUUACCAAUCGAAACAGAUCAGCUGCUGGAGGUUGUGGAGAAGGCAAAAGAUUGGGCUAUCAUGCAUGGUGCGGCCAUGCGGUCCAAAGCAGAUUUCAAUCCAGAUGCCUUGCAGUUUGCGCCGUUCAUUCUGACGCCAAGUUCGUUCCCGCGGAAAGAGUUCGAAAAAGCAGUCGAACUGCAAGUAACUCUCAACGAACUGAUGCACGCCGUUUCGCAUGAUUUCGAUUUCCUGAGAGAAACCCUUCAGGGUACUAUAAAGGUCGAUCCAUUCACACGCUCGUUGUUUGAAAUCUUCGAAAUGGUAUUGAAUGAAGGAAUCUCCCAGCCAAUUUCGCUGGGCCUUUUACGAUCCGAUUUGAUGCUGGAAACGAGAUGCGAGAACGAGUGCAAGGUACAGUGCAAACGAGCGAAAGCGUACUGCUGUUGGAAGCAGGUGGAAAUCAAUUCCAUCGCAUCGGGCUUCGGGCAUUUGGGCCCCGCGAGCAAGUCUCUGCAAAGCUUCAUCCUGACAGAGCUUGGUCAUGCGGAUAAAUUACCUAAACUCCCGGAAAACCGUGCCUUGUCCGGUCUCUGUGACGCCAUGGUGGAAGCAUGGAAGCUUCAAAACCGUCCGCAUGCCGCGAUUCUCUUCGUGAUCGAAGACAUAACAUACAACAUUUGCGAUCAACGGUUCCACGAGUUCUACAUCCGUGAAAAGUAUCCGCAGAUUCAGGUCAUCCGUCGAACGUUAACGCAAAUCCACGAACAGGGUAAGUUGGGUGCAAGUGGUGAGUUACUGAUAGGCGAUUUGGAAGCUGCGGUCAUUUAUUUCCGAGCUGGUUACGAACCGGGACACUACUACGGGCAAAACGAAUGGGCGGCAAGGUUGUUGAUGGAGCGUUCCCAGGCUAUUAAAUGCCCUUCUAUUCAGUACCACUUGGCCGGGACGAAAAAAGUUCAGCAGGCACUGGCAAAACCGGGGACUUUGAAAAGAUUUAUUUCUGACGAGCGGAAGAUUGAUACAAUCAAAGAGAUCUUCACCGGGCUGUACUCGUUGGAUAAGAACGAGCAAGGAGAUGAAGCGGUUAAGCUUGCACUGGGGGAUCCGGAACGCUACGUAUUAAAACCACAACGCGAAGGAGGUGGCAAUAAUGUCUACGGAGCCGACAUUCCCGGAGCUUUGGCAAAGAUGGCCGAGGAUGAGCGAUCGGCGUGGAUUCUGAUGGAGCGGAUCUUUCCACCAGUUUCCAAAGGUUACAUGGUGCGUCCGGGAGGAAAGAUGCCUCCGAAGAUUGUCAAUCUGGUGUCGGAGCUGGGCAUAUUUGGAGCUAUUAUCGGAACGAAGGAUAAGAUAGUGUACAAUAAACAGGUAGGGCAUAUGCUGCGGACCAAGCUAUCCAGUGCAAAUGAAGGCGGAGUUGCUGCCGGGUUGGGUGCACUAGAUAGUCCUUAUAUGAUUGAUUAGUAUUCGAGCGCUGAAUGAAAUGUUUGUUUCGUUAAUUUGUUAUCGAAAUGGUCAUUCCGAAAGGCCCAAUUUCAUUUUUAGUAGAUAGCGUCUGAAACAUAAUUCCAAGCAAUUUUGCAUUUUAAGUAUCGUAUGAUGUUUUAAGAUCUUUUCAUAUACAUAUUCAACAAUUCGCUAAAUAUUCGGAAUGCAUUCUAGCGCCGAAAAGUGCUCGUCAAGACUAAUAAACGAGAGUAGUUUGUUUUCGGGCAGGAUUGAUUUCGAAAAUACAUGUGUGGCAUGAAUAAUAAA